UCGGCGCGGAUUCGCGCGGUCGCGUCCGACGUCGACGGCACGCUGCUCGACUCGGCGUCGGUCCUCCACGCCGACAACGCGGCGGCCAUCGCCGCCUGCGCGGCGCACCCGGGCCUCCGCUUCUUCCUCGCGACGGGGAAGUGCCGCGCGGGCGCGCUCGCGGCGCUGCCGGCCGCCGUCGCCGAGGCGCUUCCCGGCGGCGUCUUCGUCAACGGGUUGGUGGUCUACGACGACGGCGGCGCCGUCGUCCACGAGCGGCUGCUCGCGGGCGACGUCGUCGCGGACGCCGUCGGCUUCGCGGACGGGCUGGGACUGGACGUCGUCGCCUACGCGCGCGACGACCUCCGGACGCUCGCGGCCACUCGGAGAACCGACGAGCUCGCGGACGUCUACCACGAGCCGCGGCCGCGCGUCGUCGACGCCGUGGCGGACGCCGCCGCGGGCGCGAACAAGCUGCUCUUGCUCGCGGACGCCGACGUGCUCGCGGCCGCGCGGCCCGCGCUCGAAAAGCUCCUCGAGGGCCGGGCCGCGACGACGGUCGCUUUGCCCACGAUGCUCGAGGUCCUGCCCUUCGGGGGCUCGAAGCGCGAGGGCGUCCGCGCGUACCUCGACCACUUCGGCCUCGACGAGGGCGCGGACCUGCUCGCCGUCGGCGACGGCGAGAACGACGCGGACAUGCUGCGGCGCGCCGCGCUCGGCGUCGCCGUCGGCAACGCGGGCGCGGCCGCGGCGGACGCGGCGGACGUCGUCGUCGCGCCCAACGACGCGGGGGGCGCCGCCCAGGCCCUCUACAUGGCCAUCGCCCUGGCGAAGACUGCGACAGCUAAGCAGGUCACGACGGGCGAGGAUUUCCCGCCGGACGUGACGACCUACUUCGAGCGGUCGACGGACGCGAGCGGCGUCGAGACGGCGACGACGGUCUACACCGUCGUGCUCGACGGCCAGAUGUACACGCAGACGGAGGUCCAGGUCGGCACGGGGCCCGUCGACGUGAGCAAGCGCGGCGCGUCGAAGCACGCCGAGGGCGCGAUGCUGAGCCGCUGGUACGCGGACGUGGGCGUCUACCUGCUGACGACGCUGCUCUGGGAGGCGCUGGCGCCGCCGGCGGGGGCGCUCCUGCGGGCCGCGUUCCGCGCGGACGCGCUCCGGGAGCUCUACCGCGUCCGCGCCUUCUUCUGGCGGCGCCGGGGCCACCCGGGCGUCGCGCGCGCGCCGUCGCUCGGCGGCGACGAGGCGCUCGAGCUCGAGGACCGCGCCUUCGACCUGCGGAGCUGCCUCCCCGUGAAGGCGCGGCCCUGCUACGACCGCUACGUCGCCGCGCCGCUCGCGCAGUACGUCGCCGCGCCGCCCUGGGACCCGACGGCGCGGUGCGCGGACUUAUUGCGCGUCUUCUUCGUCGGCGCGACCUUCGGCGCGGGCAUGCCCCUGCUGCCGCCCCUCGCGGCGCUGACGCUGGCUUUGAUGCUCGCGCACGACAAGUGGGCGCUGCUGCGGGAGCGGCGGCCGCCGCCGCGGCUCGGCGCGCAUUUGGCGCGGACCGCGGCGCAGAUCGCGCCGGUCGCCGCGCCCGCGCACGCGCUGCUGGCGCUCUGGACCUGGGGCGACGCGCACUACACGGGCGCGCGGCCCUUCUUCUGGAGCCGGGACCUCUUUUUCUCCGCGUCGCCGGCGACGUGGCCCCUCGCCGUCGCGCUCGCCGUCUGCGUCGCCUCGAAC